AUGCCCUUAGUAGAAGCAUGGUUCAAAGUGUGGGUUUAUUUUGGACUCAUUUACGGUUGGGGUGAAAGUCAUCGACCACGCUUUGACACAUCUACGGAUAUGGGACUGGUACUGGUUCCAGCCGAUGCUGAAGUCGAUUCCGUAAUUUUUCGAUUACGCGCUACCGAUCAGGAUGCGGAUUAUCCUCUUGUUUUCGAAAUAACUGCAACAAUUACACCCGUUGUAAGAAUCGACAACCUGCCGUGUACGUUGUACAACAAAGUUUGCCAAGCCAAUGUAAUCUUAACGAAACGACUUAUACCCGGACGUCUUCACGAUUUUGCAGUCAGGGUUCGGGAUACCAAGGGAGACUCAAAUUCAAUGCAGGCUACUAUUUCCGCAACGAAUGCGACGACGUCGCGUGAUAAAAUAUUUCCUCACAUUCCUUCUUUAAUAAUGGUACCUGAGGACACUAAACCAGGCAAGGAAUUAGAUUAUAUUCUUGUACGAGCAAAUUCUUGGAGCGGCAAAACCGCUUAUAUUGAAUUAUGGCAACCAAAAGAACUUUUUACUAUUCGGCAAUGGCAAACAUCAACGCAAACGCGUGGAGUUAUUACGUUAAUAGGUGAAUUGGAUUUCGAAACCCAAUCAAUGUAUACCCUCACUAUUUAUGCGACGGAUCCUUAUACGGAACCUGGGAAAGACACUAGGAAUAUCGCAGGCUUGAAUAUUGUUAUUAUUGUUCAAGAUGUACAGGACGUACCACCAAUUUUUACUUUAGCACCACCUUUAACUAGGCUUAAUAAUUCUGUGCAAACUGGAGACGUAAUAUUACGUGUUCACGCGGAAGAUGGAGAUAAAGGGGUGCCGCGUGAAAUUACAUAUGGCUUGGUAUCCGAAGGCAAUCCUUUCAUACCAUUUUUUAACAUCACAGAAAUGACUGGUGAGAUUAUUCUCGCUAGGCCUUUAGAGGAACUCAUGCAAAUCACUCACGUUGGUGCGCCGGUCGUGCUCACUGUGGUAGCUGAGGAAAUACGAAAAUCUAGGGACGAGCCGCCAGCUCAGGCGACAGUCGUUGAAGUCGGAUUUCUUCUUGGAGAACCAGGCAACAAUCCGCCAUAUUUCGAAAGUGAUAACUACAUUACAUCAAUACCAGAAAAUUUGGAGCCAGGUUCCGUAAUAAUAUUUCCUGAGCAAUACUCGACUAAAAUCCGCGAUGAAGAUAUUGGCAAAGCUGGGGUGUUUGCGUUAAAAUUACGAAAUAAUAAUGGUACUUUCGAGAUAAAUCCAACUGUUGCUGAACGUACAGCAGAUUUUACUCUCACAGUACGAGACAAUACACUUAUCGAUUAUGAGAUGUACAAAAGUUUAUCCUUUAAGAUUGUUGCUCAAGAGGUUGGUCCAGCGACAAAUCUAUCAGCAACAGCAGCGGUUGUGAUAUUUAUAGAAGAUGUUAACGAUAAUUCACCGAUAUUCGACGAAGAAUCUUAUGAAGUUACAUUAUCAGAAAACGUCACCGUUGAAACACGAGUUAUCCAAGUGCAUGCAACUGAUAAAGAUACCGGUCUCUUUGGCAGCAUUCAAUAUACAGAUAUAAUCGGAGAAGGAAGCGACGCUUUCACGAUAGACUCCGAUACAGGUUUGAUCACAGUUUCGAUGGGAUCGAUUCUAGAUCGCGAAAUGGCAGCACAACUGCAAUUAACUAUACAUGCGCGCGACGAGAACGGUAAAGGUAACACGGGUGUAGCAUCUUUAAUAGUGAAUUUACUGGACGUAAAUGAUAAUGCACCGAUUUUCGAGAAAAAUGCCUACGAAUUUAUAUUAAAUUCCGAUUUAUCGAAUUUCACAACACCAGCCAUCAUAAAGGCUACCGAUGCCGACGCCGAACCACCGAACAAUGAAAUUCGUUACGAAUUGAUUCAUGGAAAUUAUGAAAAUAAAUUUUAUCUAAAUGAAAUCACUGGAGAAUUAAUAUUACGUUCGCCCAUCACAAAGUUUAGACGAAAAAAACAAAGCAACAAUUAUGACAAGGACACUGAUAUUCUAUACACUUUAACUGCCAGAGCAUAUGAUCUUGGUGUACCUCAUCUAUCGAGCGAGACAGAGAUUUCGAUCGUCAGAGGAUCUGCCAUGGAAGCUCGCAUAAUGAUGUUCGUAGUGCCAGGAGAACAUCCAAAUUUAACGAGGACUGCUGAGACAUUAGCCACUAUUACUGGUGGACGAAUUACCGUAUUGGACACACGUCCUUACGUGCCGAAUAAUAAAUCAGGCGUUACAGACAAUGCUGUACCAAUGGAAGGAAAAAGAACGAUCGUGAUAGCUCGCGUCGAGCAAACCGAAGUCGGCACACCCCUGGUGGAUGUAGAAAGAAUUCGUAAUACGUUAGCUGCGAAUGGGGUGGGAAUUAUCGGCGGCACAGGCACUACCAAUGUAUCUAUAACGUAUAACGACGGGACUACCACGAAACUGCCAAUCGAUGGGGUAAUUCACAAAGGGGGAGAUACACAGACCUACGUAAACAAAACAAUCACCAACGUUCACGAGGAAGUAACUGUGUAUAAAGCGGAGAAUAAAUUGCUAUUUUGGUUACUGAUUAUUCUGGGCCUACUGAUGCUCUUGGCAAUUGCAGCGCUCAUUAUCUGCUGCAUCUGUCCAGGUUGUCCAUUUUACAUGGCACCUAGAAAGCGCAGGGUAUACUCGUCGGAAACGCUUAUCACUCGAUCUAACGGUCGACCGAAACGGCAUCUUCAUCGGAAACCAAUGGCUACAAUCGAUAUUACUUCAAACGGAAAAAAGCAAGCUUGGAGUGCAGAUCCAGCUCGAAGAAACUGGCAAUUUAACCGUCGGAACACCAAGAAUGGUGGUUUAGCAUCGCUUCCCGGUGACGUCGUGUAUAUUUCGGAGCAUCCUCCCAUUGAUCAAGCGAACGUAGAGUCAUUGAGGCUACGUGAUGGCCCGGCAUAUGAUCCUUCGAGAAGGAGAAGGAUUGACGAGCAGGAGAGAAUGUAUAUGGAGGAUGUCGAGGAAAGGAAGGCUAGAGAUUACGCCACAGAUGUGGAGUCUUCACAUCGACAUGAAAUCGAAGCUGGUGCGGAUACUUUGCAUCAAGCUUAUAGAGAAAGAUAUAUCGAUCCUGAAUCAAACAACGAGCAGACGGUAAGAGAGCAACAUUUUUACCGCGAGGGAAACGCAGAAGUGUUGCAACUAGUAACGCGGGGACAAGUAGAGGAUACGAGUCAACAUCAUUAUCCGACGACUUUUAUAGUAGACGGCAAAGAUGUACUUCUGCAACGCUUUAUGCAAGAUCAGAAAACGCGACAAGAGCUGUCAAUGCAAGAACCCGAAGUACUGCGCACGGUCGAGUCUCAUCAACACCCGAGAAAUUUAUAUCAACACAAGCAGGAGAUUCUUCUCUUGCCGGAAGAAUUGGAAGUUGUUAGACGUCGACGAGCAGAGGAAUUAGAUUCUAACGCGCAAAAACUGGCGAUGGAUGAUGGAUAUACAACUCAAAAAAUGGAUCUAGAAUCACAAAUGCGAGACGUUCAUCGUCAAGAGAUCUCAAUAAAUAUACCCGGGAUAUCGGAUAAAACGUCAGUCCCUCUCAAGGAUCAAACGAUGCAAUCUACAACGAUGCAACCGUAUGCAUUUCAUGAUCUAGAGCUAGCGAGACAGAACGUCUUGCUGACGCGAUUACUUUUAGAGAGAGAAUCCAGGCAUGCUGGCGGCAUCACGAUGGAUGCCGUGAGUUACUUAGAGACCCAAAGUCUUCCUGGACAAGCAGUCAUCGCCACACAGACUGACAGAGUCGCUGCAACUCAAACGGAACGACAUAUCCGAAGCAGAAGCGACAACGAUGAAUCUGACGAAGAUACUCGAAAAAACCGAAAAAAGAUGAAGUCGAAGAAACGCUACGAUGAGGACAAAUUGAAGAGAACGCGAAUUUUAUGGAUGAAAUCGCCUAUCGAAGAAGAGGAGAGCCCGUGCUUCGACAAACGACUGAACAUCUUGAGAAAGAAAGUAAAAGAAGUAAAAGAGGGACGAAAGGUAUCCUUGCAGCCGGGAGUAUUGCGAGAAAUAUCAGAUUCUCUCGACGAGAACGGAAGCAUUUAUCGCAAGAGAGAAGAGAAGUUGCCGGAAACUUGUCAACAGCCCAUUGAAGAAACUGGCGUCGCAUAUAAAAUAUUGUGCGAAGAAAAAAAUGGCUCCUCCUCGUCUAUAGAAGUAAAUAGACAACAAGAUGAGAAAACUUUCGAUGAGAAAAGAACAGAGAGCCUGUCAUCACCAGAAAUAAGUGUCGAUAAUAGAAAAUAUAUCCAUCACACCAUGGAGAAAAAGAGUUCGAGAAAAGAAAGCAAA